AUGGGAAGAAGAACUGCUUUUGGUAACUCUGCAGAGUCUCGAGCUGCACCCUUGCCUCAACAAGCCUCUCCCGCAAUCGAGGGAGUGAAGGCCACCUCCUCCGAGGUCCCAAAGAAUCCUCCACCAUCAGGUCAGCAGCCCCCGUCGAUAUCAGCGCCCAAGCAGAAGAGACCUUCUCCUCGUCUUGCGGAGGAUGCCUUGAAGCUGGUUAGUCGACUAACUCUUACAAUGCUUCAGGCCGUGCAGUCAGUGGAAUCCUUCGGUCAUCUCAUCCACAAUUAUGAUGAUAUGGUAGCGACACAUGAGAAUACGGUAGCCCGGCUGACAGACGAACUCAAAGGAGUUAAGACGAAGGCCCAUGAGGAGGCCAUAAGAAAGAUGAAAAAAGCUGGGAUGAUGGAACUAGCCCGGGAGGUCGAAGGCUCUUUGAAGGAUAGGAAGGAUAUUAAGCCCAUUUUGGAGAAAUACGCAGAUAGGCUCUCGGGAGGAACGACAGUGGGUAUUCGACUUCGGUUAAUGACAAGGAAGCAUUUCCGGGACGCAGACUUGAGUGUCCAAGACUUCUUCAAGGAGAUGGAGAAGGUUUUGCCCAACAUAUCUUCUCCCGUCGACCUCUUGAACACUUCCGCAGGACCGUCAUUCAUUUACAACAUGCCUGCCAAUGUAGGAUCUCCUGCUGAGAUGCCUCCGGGUCCCAUGAUGUCGCAGUCGAGCAGGGACAUCGAGAUUCCUUGGAUAGUCAUCUGCCGUCAGGAGACGCAACUGGGACGACAACUUCAAGGACCAACACGACUGAGUCCUUCCCGGGGAUUCCCAACACCUGAGGUCGACAUCGGAGUUACUACUGGCGCAACUUAUAUCAAUAUUCCCUCAACUUCUGAGGAACAAGUUGGCGAGAGAAUUCCUCACGUCUACAUUACGUUGCCCGAGCCUGAGUUCAACCCAGGGAAUUAUCCCUAUUAUUCGACCAUAGGGAAGAUUUUUGCUAGGUUCUCUUUCCAAAAGGAAGGGAAACAACUGCCAAUUCUUGAAGGUGAACUUCGGAGUACUAUUCGUGCAAUCCAUGCGACAGAGUUGAAGGCUCCUAAGAAAAUUAUCUCCGACUUAAAAGUCAAGGCCUCGAAUCUUUGGCAACUCAAUGAGGAUCAAGAACGGUAUUGGGAAGACCAUCUCAAAAAUGCCGUGAAGAUGGAUAACCUGAACAGCGAGAGGCUUAGGCAAGUUGAGGCCAAGCUCCGUAAACAAAAGAGGAAUAAUGGUCGAACCACACCAGAUCUGGAGGAUUUCAUACCCCGGAAUUAUCAUGAGGGCAUGCUUUCUCAUCUUCAAAAGGUGUAUGCUUUAGUUGCCGUUAGGUGGGACAAGGCAUCAGAGAAGAUUGAUAGUCUUAGAGACUAUGAGAAUCGCCUAACAUUGGCUUUACAGCAAGUUGUCUCCGAUUUUAUAGAAUUGGGAGGCACAUUUAACCCAGAGGCGCAGUGGCCAGAUGGUUGCGAAGCGAUGAAAGACACGCAUGUUUCUCCGACCGCUUAA